AUCGAGAACGAGUCUCUUUCAGUAAAUAUGGCGGCACGAGAGCUGUUGAUUUGUGCUUUUUUGAUGUUCUUGAACUACUGUUGCGUUUCUUCGAGAAAGGUUGACGAUGAUCUUGACAUGGUAGCCCACUCAAGUUUUAGCCUUCCAUUGCAACAUUCAUUUGAAUUAGGACCUGAGGCCAAAUUUACUCCCAGGGGCUCAAUUUUAUUCAAGACACUAAGGAGCUCCCAUGCAUCAUUGUCAAAGGAGAUUUCACUGACACAAGAAGAGCUCGAUAAGCUAGAGGAACUUGUCCGUGUUGAUGGUGUUUAUAGAAUCAGGGCCCCAGUUAAGAUUGGUGAAGCUUUUGAUAAACCAAAUGUCACAUAUGUGUCAUCUUUUAUUAAAGCAUGUCAUCUCAUGUACUCACAGCUGUCAGAAAUAAUUACUGUCUCUAUUGACAAUUCAGGCAAUGUUAUUGGAAUAAGUAUCAAGACGGAGAAGAGAGAAUGUCCACAAAGUAUAUCAGAAACAGGAACAAAUAUGGUUGGUUCAAAAGCAUUCAACUCGACUGUGCACAUCCAAUUGCAGUUGUCUGGAGCAGUGCCAGAGACACAAGUUUUCAUAAGAAAAUUAGAAAGAGAAGAAGCUGAAAGACUUACUGGGAAGGAUAAAGAUAACAGAUCAUUCUUAGCAAAAUACUGGAUGUACAUACUACCCGCAGUGUUUAUACUGAUGUUAGCGGGACAGCAAGAACCACAAGAAGGCCAGACAUGAAGCUCUCACACGAACUGAAUUCGUCAAGACAGAGGUUUGGCGGUUUUAUUAAAAAACCACGAUAUUUGAUUCAAGGAUGUGAGUUGAAAGGAAUAUGACACCGGAUAUUUAGACCUUCCUUUGAAAUGACCUUGAAAGUUGUUGAAUAAUAUCAAAGUUUGUGUUAAAAAUAAUUUAAACUAAAUGAUAAUUGCAAUGAUAUUUCCAUCUUUGAUUGGGUUGCUCAUACUCGUUUAGAGGUUGGGGCAAUUUCCAGUGCAGAAUGGUACAGACCUUUAAAUGAUCUUGCUCCUGAAAAUAUGAGAUAUGUAAAACAUUGCUUCAUUGCAUUUUUUCGUUUCG